AUAGUCCCAUAUAUCAUUUGGCUUGUUCCACUCGUUUGUUAUUCGCUCUUCUCAGCCUCUCGCUCUCUCUCGCUUGCGGCGCAGCAAUGGCUAAGGAUCCCGUUCGAGUUCUCGUCACUGGCGCCGCAGGACAAAUUGGUUAUGCACUUGUACCUAUGAUUGCUCGGGGGGUAAUGCUGGGUCCUGAUCAGCCUGUUAUCCUGCACAUGCUUGAUAUCCCUCCAGCUGCAGAAUCCUUGAAUGGGGUUAAGAUGGAGCUGGUCGACGCAGCAUUUCCUCUCCUUAAAGGAGUAGUUGCAACAACUGAUGUUGUUGAGGCUUGCACUGGUGUCAAUGUUGCGGUCAUGGUUGGUGGAUUCCCACGGAAAGAAGGAAUGGAAAGGAAAGAUGUUAUGUCAAAAAAUGUCUCUAUUUAUAAAUCUCAAGCCUCUGCACUUGAGAAACAUGCUGCUGCAAACUGUAAGGUUCUGGUUGUAGCAAACCCUGCAAAUACAAAUGCCCUAAUUUUGAAGGAGUUUGCUCCAUCAAUUCCUGAGAAAAACAUAACAUGCUUAACAAGAUUGGAUCACAACAGGGCACUGGGUCAAAUUUCUGAGCGAUUGAGUGUUCAAGUCAGUGAUGUUAAAAAUGUUAUAAUUUGGGGCAAUCAUUCAUCAACCCAGUACCCCGAUGUCAAUCAUGCCACAGUUAAAACACCAGCUGGUGAAAAGUAUGUCCGAGAACUGGUUUCUGAUGAUGAUUGGUUGAGAGGGGAAUUCAUUUCUACUGUGCAACAACGUGGUGCUGCCAUUAUCAAAGCAAGGAAGCUAUCCAGUGCCUUGUCAGCUGCAAGUGGUGCAUGCGAUCACAUUCGUGAUUGGGUGCUUGGUACUCCUGAGGGAACCUGGGUUUCCAUGGGCGUUUACUCUGAUGGCUCUUACAAUGUGCCUGCCGGGCUAAUAUAUUCUUUCCCAGUGACUUGUCGCAAUGGAGAGUGGAGUAUUGUGCAAGAUCUUUCUAUUGAUGAAUUCUCAAGGAAGAAAAUGGAUGCCACAGCGGAGGAGCUAUCCGAGGAGAAGGCUCUUGCAUACUCUUGCCUCACUUAAAAACUCUCAUCAACUUUUUCUGAAGUGGAUUGCAGGCCUGCCGCCUGAUGCUUUUGCCAUGUGAGGACAAGCUGGAGUUUUUUUAAUAAAUUGACUUACUUUGAUCAUCGAUCGAAGCAGUAGUUAUGAAGCUGCUUUUCCAUGUAUUUCGUGUGCAUUUCAUCUGUACUUUUCUGUGUUCUCUUUGGAUUCGACCUAACUUUCAAAGCUAUUAUCGAGUCAUGUUUUUAAGCUUA